AUGAGUUUACAAUGGGGGAAAAUAUAUGUAACUAGGGAAGAGUUAUCUCUGGCAAAUGUAUUACAGGCAGGUCAGGCAUUUAGGUGGAUUUUAGAUGAAAACUCCGGAGAAUAUUUGACUACUAUGAAAAUAGCAAAUAACCUAAACUAUAGUGUUGUUUUAUUGAGACAAACCGAUGAUAAGUUUAUUGAGUGUUCUACAUACGAUAAAGUUUGUGAUCUGAAAGAUCUAGUAUCUCAUUUUGAAUCAUAUUUUAGAACUGACGUUAAAGUGGAAGAAAUGCAUGCAAAUGAGUGGUUACCUCGGGACCCAAAAUUCCAAAAUAUUGAAACUCAUGGUAUUAGAAUUCUUGGGCAAGAACCUUGGGAGACUUUAGUUUCCUUCAUCUGUUCUACAAAUAACAACAUAUCUAGGAUAACUAAGAUGUGUCAUGCUCUAUGUUUAAAUUAUGGUAAGAAGAUCGGUUCUUUCAAUUCCACAGAGUUUUACUCAUUUCCUUCUAGCGAUGAGAUAAUGAACAAAGCAACAGAGGCUGAAUUAAGAAGUUUGGGUUUUGGUUAUAGAGCUAAAUAUAUUAUUGAAACUGCUAAGAGGUUAGUACAAAAUAAGAAGGAAAAUGAUAUACUAUCCGAUACUGAAUUUCUAAUGAUGAUGUCCAAAUCAAAUGAUUAUAACGAACUCAGAGAACAUUUGAUGAGCUAUUCCGGGAUUGGCCCUAAAGUAGCUGAUUGUAUCUGUCUUAUGGGUAUGAGAAAAGAUCAUGUAGUACCAGUUGACGUUCAUGUCGAACGUAUUGCUCAGAGAGACUACAGGAUUAAGGCAACUAACAAAGAGAUCGUUCAAUUAAGAGAAUUAUACAAGACAUUACCAAUAACACGUAAAAAGGUAAACUUCCAGUUGGAUUACAUUAGAACAAGUCUCAACGAAAAAUGGGGGCCUUAUGCUGGUUGGGCCCAAGGUAUCCUUUUCUUUAGAGAGGUUGGUGGUACUACAGGUGCAAACACAGAAGGUAAAAUUAAAAAGCGUAAGAAUGAUAAUAUCAAUGUAGUAGCUGAAGAUACCAAACAAGAGCAAAUGGAUGAUAUACCAAGUAGUAAGAAAUCCAGGAUAAAAUCAGAACAAUUAAUAUAA